AUGUCGGCGGCUCUGCUCCGGCGGGGCUUGGAGCUGCUGGGGCAGUCCGAGGUCUCCCAGUCUGCGUCCAAACAGGCCAAACCGAGAGGGUCCUCGGCGAAGCGAGCCCGGAAGGCAAAGGCGACCCAGGGCCGAAAACUGCGGAACUCGGCCAAGGGAAAAGUGCCCAAGUCGGCGCUAGCCGAGUUCCAGAAGCGAGAAUGCCAGGACCACCUCAGAGCAAACCUAAAAUUCCUGACCGCCACGAGGAGCACCGUGGCUGAGGCUGUCACCCAAAAGAUUUUGGUACAGAACCGGGGCCGCAAGGCCUGCGACAGGCCUGUGACCAAGACGAAGAAGAAGAAGGCCGAGGGCACGGUGUUCACCGAGGAGGACUUCCAGAAGUUCCAGCAGGAGUACUUCGGCAGCUAG